AUGCAUAAAGAAUCAGAUGAAGAAAGUGAUAGCAAUGAUAAAGAUAACUUAGAGCUUGAUAAUCCAGAACAAUUAACAUCAUAUCAUCACCAAACCCGAUCUAAAACAGCAGCAGCAACUAUUCAACCUGCAUAA